CAACGUGAAUUAUAAGUGGAAUCAUAGUGUUAUUCCAUGGCUAUAAUGUGGUUGAUCCUUGUUUCUCUUGUUAUAUCUCUGCAACUUUCAUCUUCAGAAGUGGACACCAUGCAUCAAGGUCCAUCCUUCUCAGUGGAGGACCCGAAAGAUGUCAUGCUCUCAUAAAAAAAACGGCAUGUUCUCUGCUGGCUUCUAUGCCGUUGGCCAAAACGCAUAUUCCUUUGCUGUUUGGUUCUCCGAACCCUACGGCCAAACUCGAAACGCAACCGUUGUAUGGAUGGCGAACCGUGACCAGCCCGUGAACGGCAAGGACUCAAAGAUUUCGCUACUUCGCAACGGCAAUCUCGCCUUAAACGACGUUGACGAGUCCCUCGUUUGGUACACAAACACCGCUUCACUGUCCUCCUCUGUGCGUCUAUUUUUCGACAACACCGGCAACCUCCUUUUGCAUGAAACGCAGGCUACUGGUGUCGUUUUGUGGCAAAGCUUUGAUUUCCCUACAGAUACCCUUUUACCUCAACAAGUGUUCACGAGACACUCGAAACUUGUCUCUUCUAGAAGUGAGACCAACAUGUCCUCUGGUUUCUACGCCUUGUUCUUCGACAACGACAACAUUUUUUGUCUUCUUUACGAUGGCCCUGAAGUUUCUGGCCUUUACUGGCCAGAUCCUUGGUUGGCAUCUUGGAAUGCUGGAUGAUCCACUUACAACAACAGCAGAGUUGCGGUCAUGGACACGCUCGACAAUUUUAGUUCUUCAGAUGAUUUACACUUUUUGACAUCUGAUUACGGCACUCUGAUCCAAAGAAGAUUGGUCCUUGAUCACGAUGGAAACAUUCACAUUUAUAGUCAGAGACACGGUUGAGAGAAAUGGUCUAUUACGUGGCAAGCCAAAUCAAGACCGUGUAACAUUCAUGGUAUUUGUGGCCCCAAUAGUUUGCGCUCUUAUCAUCAAAAUUCUAGUAUAGAAUGCUCGUCUUCCCGGGUAUAAGUGGAAGAACGAUGCCGAUUGAUCUUAUGGGUGUGAACCCAUAUUCUCUAUGCUUUGCAACAAAACCAUGUCUCGAUUUUUGUAUAUACGCAACGUGGAGUUGUAUGGCUAUGACUAUGCAAUCAUGACCAAUUUCACGCUCAAUUAGUGUCAGGAGUUAUGCCUUGAAUUAUGCAAUUGUAAAGGCAUCCAAUAUCCCUAUGUCUUUUGAACGUGACACUUUGAUACAGUUGAUACUGGGGGUCUGCAAGAAGUAAGGGCUACAAGGCCCAAAAGGAAGAGUGUACCACCAGCUCACUUGAAGGACUAGGUGCAGAAUGGCUAGCAGGAGCAAAACGUGCUAAUAGGAUAGUAGGAUGUUAAAAAGAAUAAUAUUGUUAUUUAGGAUAUUUGUUAUUUGUUUUUAUCCUUUUUGUUACCUUGUGUCUUGUGUUUGGA